AGAGAAAUUGGGUUCCCACUGCUGAGCCGCCCACCGCCUGGAAGGAAAGACUGAGGUUCAGGAAACGAGGUCUGGAGCCCCCCUGACGCCGCCCCGAGCCUGAGGACACCAGAUUUCUUUGCUCGCGUCUGGGAAAGUGGCCCCGGCGUGGGGCGGGGCGAAGUCGCUGGAGCAGCAGGCUGGGGCCGCGAGGGAGGCGGCCAGAGCGCGGCGCGUGACGCAGGCGCCGGGCGGGGCGAGAGCUGACGGCGCCGCCGAGGCCGUAAGCUCCAGGCUGACACCGAGCUCAGGUCGCGCCGAGCGCUCCGCCCCGCGCCCAGAUCUCGGCCCAGGCAAGGGACGGGUUAACAUUACACGGAGGUUUCACUGAGAUCCAGAGAAGACCCCCAACAACUCCGAGGCUGGUGAGCAAACAGGUGCUGGUACCCACAGAUCCCACAGAACUCAACUGCUUUCUCAGCAACUUUGCAGUUUGAGGUGCUUGGUAGAGCAAUCUUCUUCAUAGUGCGCUCUUGGGAGAUGAAGACCUUAAGCAUCACACCUUUCAACCUGGAGAUUUCAUGUACUGGAAAAGAAACCUCGAGAAGGACUCUCUUCAACCUCACUGGAAAGGCCCCAUCAGGUACUGCUAACCUACCCUUGUGCCUCCAAACUUCAGAGAACAGACUCUUGGAUUCAUGUGACACAUCUAAGAAAGCACCAGACCCUAACUGGACCUGCACACCAUCUGGUGACCUGAAGGUAAAGAUUUCCUGGAUUUGAAGCAGAUGACAUCUGAUGAGACAGCUUGCCCAAGAUGUCUAGACAAGGCCUGUUAGAAGAUUUAGAAUUCACAGAAGUGUCUUUCUUUCAUCUGGACUAUAAAACUGACUCUGGAUUCUUAUCCAAAUUCAGUUUCUUGAAUUUUCAGCCUACAGUCUGUAUCAUUGAUAAAACAUCUGAUUCCAAACAGUUUCUUUUGAGGCCUGUGCGUGCAUCUCACCCCACCACGGCCAUGGCCCUGGUCAGCAUCAACCAGCUGCCCGAGAGCAUCCUGCUGGAGGUGUUCACGCACCUGCCCGCCCGCCAGCUGCUGCUGAACUGCCGCCCUGUCUGCAGCCUCUGGCGCGACCUCAUCGACCUUGUGUCCCUCUGGAAGCGCAAAUGCCUGCAUGAGGGCUACGCCACUGAGGACUGGGACCAGUCCGUGGCUGACUGGAAGGUCUUCUACUUUCUGUGCAGCCUCCGCAGGAACCUACUGCGCAACCCGUGUGCCGAAGAGGGUAUGAGAUCCUGGAAAAUCGACUCCAACGGAGGGGACCAGUGGAAGGUGGAGAGCCUCCCCGGGGCGCAUGGCACAGACUUCCCUGACCCCAAAGUCAAGAAGUACUUUGCCACGUCCUAUGAGAUGUGUCUCAAGUCCCAGCUGAUAGACCUCAAAGCCGAGGGCUACUGGGAGGAGCUACUGGACAAGUUCCGGCCGGACAUCGAGGUUAAGGACUGGUUCGCCGCCAGAGCAGACUGUGGCUGCACCUACCACAUCCGAGUACAGCUGGCCUCGGCCGACUACCUCGUCCUGGCCUCCUUCGAGCCCACGCCCAUGACCGUCCACCAGUGGAACGAUGCCAGGUGGACAGAGGUCUCCCACACCUUCUCGGAUUACCCUCCAGGUGUCCGCCACAUCCUCUUCCAGCACGGGGGCAAGGACACCCAGUUCUGGGCAGGCUGGUAUGGUCCCCGCGUCACCAACAGCAGCAUCGUCGUCAGCCACAGGAUGACCAGGAACCCGGCCCCCUCCGUGGCUCAGCCCUAGACCAUGCAGGGGCCAGAGGAGAGCUGGCAUCCUCAGACUUCGGGGAGCAUCAGAAUCACCAGGGAAUCGCUGGCCGUGCAGAUUCCCAGGUUCCCCCACCGGAGAGAGGCUGAGUCUGUAGAUCUGAGCUGGGCCGGGAGCCCCAGUGAUUUAACAAGCCCCAAACACCAGUUCUGAAACUGGAUCAAGGAUCCCCUCCCUUGAGAACCCCCAGUGAGCUGGUGGCUCUCCCUGCUCUCAGCACCAGGUGCCCAGGUGGGGCGAUGACAAGCGGGUGGCCACAGAGCUAGCGCACAGUGAGAGCCUACCGAUGCCAGGCGCUGCCGUAAGACGUGUAAUGAAUGCCCUGCCAUAGGCAACGCCCUCGCUCUCAUGGAACUCUGGUUUUCAGAGCCUCCCAGCGGUCUCCCUGCCCACCCUCCCACACCAGUCUCAUCUCACCUUGAUGACCUGGAUCUUCUCCAUGUUGCGAGUGGCAGCUUCUCUCGUGUGCACUAAGACUGUGAAGGUACAGCCUAAAGAGGCCAGAGUUUGGUCAAGCCAGGGCCACCCCAUGGCUGCCGCGUGGCACAGCCUCUUCCCACCUCCCUAGCUGGCUCAGCAGCCCCGCAAAGCAGAGUGUAAACCCAGUGCUCAGACAAGUCACAGUCAACAGGGAGACUAAAGCCCAGGUGGAGUCCAUCAGGGAAGCUUCCUGGAGGAGGUGGGCUUUCAGAAGGGUUCUAAAAGGCAGGGAGGAAGAGAGGAGGCUUGGUGCAGCCAAGUAGGGACCUGAGGACACAGACCAACACAGGUAGCCAUGGAAAAGCCCAGGGAAGAGGGGGUGGGAGUGAGCACACCUGGCGGGUUGUGGUCCAGGACGGCAUCACAUACACUGAUCUUCAGGAUGAAGGCUCGGAGCAGCUGCUCCACGUGAGAUAGCAGGGAGUCUGAGCUGGGAAGCAGAGAAGAGGAGGGUCUCCCAGCACAUGGGUGUCCCCCUCCCACCAGCAGGCAAGCAAGCCCGGAAGCAGCCCUGGGGGUGCAGUGUCCCCCUAGUGCUUCUGAGUGUAUUGACUUCUGAGGCCCUGGCUGCCUGUCUCUACACAGUUGACAUCAUCUGGGGAGUUUAAAACCAAAGCCGAGUCCCAUCCCAGGCUAAUUAAAGUCAGAAUGCGGGGGAGAAGGGGCACAGGGAACCCCAGUAGGUGGUUCUAAUGUGCAGCCCAGUCUGAGAACCGGGACACCAAGCCGGGAAGGGACAGGGCUUGCCCGAGGCCACAUAGCAAGUGGGGACAGAUUCUAGUGCCCUGACCUCACCACACGAAGCUGGCAGCUGACCAGCCCAACACACCCAUCCAAGGUCAACUUCUAGUUGACUAGGGACUGGAUGGAUGCUUGACUGGGAAGUCAGGAAACUGGGUCUGUGUCCUGGCUCUGGGUGACCAGGUCAAGAUCAUCUCUCGGGACCCUGGUUUCUCCAUCUAUAAAAUGAGGUUGGGGGCUUCCCUGGUGGCGCAGUGGUUGAGAAUCUGCCUGCCAAUGCAGGGGACACGGGUUUGAGCCCUGGUCUGGGAAGAUCCCACAUGCCGCGGAGCAACUAGGCCCGUGAGCCACAGUUACUGAGCCUGCGCGUCUGGAGCCUGUGCUCCGCGACAAGAGAGGCCGCGACAGUGAGAGGCCCGCGCACCGCAAUGAUGAGUGGCCCCCACUUGCCGCAACUAGAGAAAGCCCUCGCACAGAAACGAAGACCCAACACAGCCAAAAAUAAAUUAAUUAAUUAAUUUAAAAAAAUUUUUUUAAAUAAAAUAAAAUGAAAUGAGGUUGGGACUAGCCAUUCA